GGUGUCAAUUACGAGUGUUGUCUAUCUUUGUUCCACUCGUGCGUUUUGUGUAUUGGCGUCUCACUUCCUCCGUGUAACUCUUCUUUACCGACAUGGCGGGGCUACUCGUGUAACCCAACAGGGGGAAAUCCCUCUUUUUGUCAAGUUCCGAAUUGUUGAAAACCUACUUGAAGCACUGCAGUGACCACAGCAUGGAACUGCACGAAGUGCCCUCCACCUCCGUGAGCCCCUACCGUUGCUACGUGCGCGGCAAAAACCACCAAAGCGAGGGCCCCAACGUGCACACGAUCGGCUUUAAGGACGGACUCGCUGUAGUGCAGGUCGCAGAUAAGGAUAAGACUCCCGAUAAACCCAUCGAUUUAACCAAACUCACAAAGAUAAUACUGAAAGUAGACCCGCAGACCGGCAAGAAGUACAUCCACAAGGACGGCAAACGCAUCGAAAUCGUGCCCCACAAAAUCAUCAAGAAUGAGAAUAAACCCACGAUCGUGGUGAACGGGGGGCCCCCCCUGCCCAAGCUGGUGCCAGUGACGCCGCGUCGCGUCGUCCCCAAGAUCCUGGUUCCGGUGAAGUACCAGCCUGUGACGUUCAUGCAGAGCGUGAUUCCCACAACUAGGGUCAGUGUUGCCACCAUGACGGACUACGACCUGCAAGUGAGUGUCGACAAAAGUGAGCAAACUGAGGCGGACAAUCGGAGUGUUUUGACCCAAACCGACCCGGUUUUUUACGACGAGAGGGAUUCUCUGUAUUUUGAACAGUUGUGCAACUUUAUUAUGGGCGACAACGAACGAAGCGAGUGCACAAAUCGAAGAAUGAUCGAUCCGAAGAAACUCAAGACGAAGGAAGAGAUACACAAGUUUAAUUUCUUCAAUGAUAUGAGGAAUGCACUCAAUUUUGACGCCGCGGGAAAUUUGCCAAUUCAUGAUAGUGUUAUUCAAAAUGACCUAAAACUCGUCCAGAAAAAUUGUGUUGUUCUUAAGGCGAUUAAGGAGAACGUGAAUCUUCUCAAUCAGCAUGGUUUUGCGUCCUUGCACUUGGCCAUCAUCCACGACGUGGACCUCGAAAUCAUCAAAGUCCUCCUCAACCACGGCGCUAGUAUUUCAAUCUCAGACCCCGAGGGCAACACCAUGCUCCACCUGGCCAUCGAGCAUCGCCGCUUACACAUACUUAGAGUCCUCCUCAACAAAUCCAAACCCUCCGACAUCGACUCACUAAACUACGAGGGUUUCACGCCUCUAAUCUUAGCCUCUUUGGCCCAAUCGUACCAAAGCGCCGAACUUUUGCUCCUACAUGGAGCCGAUCCGAACAUAAAAGAUAUGAAAUCGGGCCGGACGGCCCUUUUUCACGCCGCCGAGUGUCACGAUGUUGAUUUGGUCGAGCUUUUGAUUCGACAUGGCGCUGAUACGAAAAUUCGGAACUUUUUCGGGACCAGUCCACACGAUGCUAUGUUUGAAGUUGAGGAAAUACCGAUGAAAAUCAAGUAUUGUAUAUUAGGGAAGGACCAUCAAAGGUUCCAAGGCAAGAAGAAAGCCGAUGUGAAACCCGAGGUUCCGAUCAAGAAGGCCAAGCUGGAGACCACGCCCAUUUUGAGGAAAGUGACAACAAAUGAUUUGCUAGGGAUCAAGUAACACGUUUUUUGUGUAUUUUUGGUUUUGAAUUAUCGUGUUUUGUAUAUUUGCAAUUAUUUAUUGUGCUCCUUGGAUAUUUUUUUUAGAUUUUCCUAUUAAUUUGAGACAAAGACAGCAUUUUAGGUUAAGUAAGUUUUUCUGAUUCAAACUAAGCAUUAGGAUAAACACUUCGUUAAUUUAUCUUUUUAUUGUAUUCGAGUUGUAAAUAAAGAGAUCAGGUGAUUUUA